UUGUGUCUUAGCAUUUCAACCCUCCUGGUUGCAGAGGAAAUCCAGUAAAGGAAAGGAGAAGAAGCAGAAACGGAUGGAGGAACGGGCAGCCAUGGACGCUGUCUGUGCCAAGGUUGAAGCAGCAAAUAAACUGGGAGACCCUUUAGAAGCUUUUCCCGUGUUCAAGAAAUACGACAGAAACGGGCUGAAUGUUUCCAUCGAGUGCAAACGAGUCUCCAGUUUGGAACCGGCUACUCUGGAUUGGGCCUUUGAGCUGACUAAAACGAACAUGCAGACCUUGUAUGAGCAGAGCGAGUGGGGGUGGAAAGACCGGGAAAAACGGGACGAAAUGACCGAUGACCGGGCUUGGUACUUAAUCGCUUUGGAAAACGGCUCCCUUCCGGUGGCGUUCUCGCACUUCCGCUUUGAUGUCGAAUACGGAGAGGAAGUUCUCUAUUGCUAUGAAAUACAGCUGGAGAGCAAAGCAAGAAGGAAAGGUCUUGGCAAGUUCCUCAUUCAGAUCCUGCAGCUUGUGGCAAACAGCACACAGAUGAAGAAAGUCAUGUUGACGGUCUUCAAACAUAAUCACGGAGCCAACCAGUUCUUCAGAGAUGCUUUACAAUUUGAAAUAGACGAUACCUCACCGAGCAUGUCUGGCUGCUGUGGAGAAGACUGCUCCUACGAAAUUCUCAGCCGAAGAACAAAAUUUGGGGAGGGCCAGCAGGCCCACUUGGGCACGCAGUGUGGGGGCUGCUGCCACUGAGGGGCUCCGUGGCUCCCCGAAAGAAUCCGCCACUCUCCAGGUAGGCCUGCCUUCCUCGUGGCUUCUCUUGACCUGUCUCAGUUCUGGCUGCGCUCUCGAGUCAAGAGGGACAGAACUCCUGUGUUACUACAUCCCAGGUGCCGGGAUCCGAGGUUUUCCUCCCUAUCGGAGGUCCUUUAAAUCGAAGCCGAGUCGUAACUUUAGGCCUGAUCUUGCUUACCUACCUGCAGCCUUGAACCGAAGUG